CGUGGCACCGGACAUCUCGCUGCUAGCAACAGCUACGUGUUAACGUGUUCAUUCUCUCUCUGUCUUACUUUCUCUCGUGCAAACACACCGGCUCCAAGAUGGUGCAGAUCGUCGGAAGAUACCAAUACGUCUCUAACGAGAACUUCGACGAGUUCGUGAAAAUGCUCGGCCACAAGGACCUGGCCGCCCCGUUGCUGUCCUCCAAGCCGAUCGUCGAGAUCAGCCAGUCCGGGGACCAUUGGACCGUCGUCGUCAACUCCGACGAGAAAUCCAGCUCCACCACGUUCAAGCUGAACGAGACCUACGACGAGAAGCUGCCUUCCUUCGACCACAAGUUCCCGAGCAUUGCAACGCAGGAGGGUGACAAGCUGAAAAUAGUUACAACUGUAACCGAUGGUCUCGACAUCACCCGCAUCUACGAGUUCACAGAGACCGGAAUGCGAGUGGUCGUGUCCUCCAAUAUGGUAGACGUCACGGCAGUACGCACAUACAAGAGGCUCUAAAUAACACAAAUAUUUAGAUAAAUAAAUAAAGUCAUUCUUUUCGUAUGAAUUAAAAAUAAAAGAUUUUUUACAA